GCAUGCAUUCAUUCAACCCAGUCGAAUACGAAAACGAAAGUGGACAUGGGCAGUACCUAGAAAAUGCAGAUUAGGACAACGUGUAGCUAGUGACUUCUUGCAUUUGUACCUUCGUUCGAGGUCGAAGGGAGGAAUUGAACCUGUUGAUAUGGCUGACAAUUUGUCGCCACCAACAUUUAGAAAGCAUGAGGGUGACAGUGGUGGCAAGUUUCAAAAUGAAAAACCUCAACCUGGAUCUACACAAAAUCAAGCUAAUGAAGAUUUCUCUGUGGAAAGAACUUGCACCAUGGUAAAAGUGAAGAUAGAGAAACUGGAAGAUGAGGAAAAAGAGAAAAUGAGCUUCUAUCCAAAAGGGAACAGCAUCCUUAUACACUAUCUCUGUAAGCAUGAUUUAGCAAAUCUAGCUGCGGAACAGGGCUCGAAUCUCAUUCUGGAAAACAGGGACCAAAAACUUGUUGUUAAACUCCUGAUUAAAAAAGAAAUCCCAAUUGAGAACUAUAGAGAUAAAGUCAGAGAGUUAAUUGUUAAAACUCUUCCUAACUUACAUCAAGAGAAAUGCUACCUUUCAUCUCUGAGCAACAAGGAACCAGCUAGCAACAAAGACCAAGGUUACAAGGAUCCGCUACAACAAGCUCUUGCUUGUCUUGUUCCAUUGAUCAAAGCUGGUCAAAAUCAGGCUGACGUUCUGUAUGACAAGGAUUUGAAUUGUCUGAUCAUAACAGGCCCUACAGAAACUGUCAAACAGUUACACGUGGAGGCAAAGGUCAAGUUGUACAGCGUUACCAUGGAGACAGUUUUAGAGUCUCCAUCACAAGGAUGUUUGUUGAGGACAUUUAGAGUCAUGGAUCAACUGAUAGCUCAGUACCAUGGUCUCACAGCGGUUGUACGGGAUUGCAACACAAAAGUAACAUGGACUGGAACUGAAGAGAACAUCCGACAAGGUCGACAAGAGAUGGAGAAGUUUAUUAGAGAGAUUAAAACGGACACAUUCUAUGUUUCUAUGGUGAUGAAGAAGCUGCUGUUGACACCAGAGAUAAAACACUACAUUGAUAGUAUACUACAGAAAGACGGUAUCACUUGUGUGUGGCAGGUCAUUGAGACUGGACAAGUACAGGUUUGGUCAAUGAAGGCUUCAUCUUCCAAGCGUGUUGGGCUCAAAAUUAGAGAAAAUUUCAAAGAAGAGGCCUUCUUAGUAAAGGACUUUCCGUUUAUUUCAGAUGUUUCAAAAGUAGGAUUUGGUCUCGGUACCGCAGAGAUGAACAAUUUUUCAGUGGAAGAGACCUCUGACACAGUCCACGUAGCUGCAAAAUCUGGUACCAUGCAAAAAAUUAUCCAGUAUUUGCAAGAUUUGGAGGAUAAACCAACUCCUGGAAAACAGCCAUCAGCCAACCAAGAGGGAGAUAACUCCGAGAAGACAACAAGUGGCUGUACUAUAGAAGUACGAGGAAUGGACAAACUAACAUCAAACGACACUGUAGAACUUUACUUUGAAAGCAAAAGAGCAGUGGGUCAUCCAGUUGACAUUGAAAACUUUGAUGCAUCAAAACGAGAGAAAGACGGUGUCAUCUUCAUCACGUAUGAAAAUGAGGAAGAUGCACAACUUGUUCUUGGAAGACAGCACACCUUAGACAAGUCUUCCUUGACUGUGAGAUUGUUUGAGGCCCUGGAACCCGUAGCCGGUCUUUUAUUUUACAAGGAAAAGGUUUUCUUCAGGAACAUGAAUCCUACAACGACACGAAAAGUGCUCGAGAAUUUUCUGAAAUCAAAAGUCAAUGUGUCUCCAUUAGAACUUUUAUACGGAGAAGAGGAGGGUGCAGUCUUGGUUACAUUUGAUGGUGAUCCAGAUUUUGAAAAAUUGAAGAAUGCCUGUCAGAAUUCAACAUUGGAAAACUGUUUGCUGGAGGCGAUGCAGGUGCCAAUAUCUCACAGUGUCCUUGUCAGUGGGGUCGGAAAAGGUACAAGUCUGGACACCUUGGAAUUUUAUUUUGAGAAUAGCCGCAGAAGCGGUGGUAGUGAUGUCACUGAGGUCAAGGAGAUAUCUGACGGAUACUUUCACGUCACUUUUGAAGAUCCUGGAGUGAUAGACAGAGUCUGCCAGAGAACACAUAAAUUGGAUAGGAAAACACUCACUGUGCAGACUUACCAUGAAAUGCUGGGCCACAGGGUCAGCCACACAGGACCGACCUUUAAGGUUCCUUGCCCCUUGGUUAUCAAAGAUGCUGACCAAAAUAAAGUCCAGCACCUCAUGUCAUAUGACAUGACAAAACUGGAAAAACAGUUAAGUGACCAUCACGCAAAACUACAUUGGCCAGGAGACAUUCCCGGGCACCUGAAGCUGGAGUGCCUGUUAACAGAGGAUGUGGUGGAUGGCAAUAGACUUGUCAUUUCCUGGGAGGAGGUGGUUCGAAAUAUUCUGAGCAAUUUUCUGGCUCAGGCAGGGACAACAAAAGCUCAAGUUGCCGUGAGAUCUCCAGAUGUCACAGGAUCAACAAAGGACUCUUCAGCAAUUGCAAAGAAGGACAGGGACCUGAACAAAGUCGAUUACACCAGGGAUCAUUUCAGCUCUCCACACGAUGACUCUGAAUAUGUACCAGAUAUCAGUAUUGUAAUGCCAAAAGAAACCUUUCUGGCUCUUCAGUUUUUCUGCUGUAGAGAUGGAAAAAUGGAUCAACAAGCUGUGUGUUACAGAGGCGGCAUGCUCCAGGUAUCUUUCAAGGAAAGGAGUGAUAAGAAGGCCAUGCAAAUUAACAUUGAAAGCAAGUUGAAGCAUUUAGAGAUAAUGAACAAAGAUGAUGUCUCUUUCACGCCAGCUGAGGAACCGAAUGUCAAAGGAACUAUCGAACAGAUUCACAAGUCUGUUGAUGGAGUUUUCUGCUAUCAACUUGAAAAAGAUGAACACAGCAUGGUCCAUUUAAUGGCUCAAUCCUACGGUCAGCUACAGACAGCAAAGCACAAGAUCUCAUUGGGAUUAGGCAGAUUAAAACAGACAGAAACAAAGAGAAAUCGGCGGUUUGACAACACACCACUUCAGCAAAAUAAAGGGGACAGCACUUCGACAGAUAGACACAGAUUCAGUCAGUCAUUCACUGCGAGCCAGUCACCAUGGCAAUCUCAAUCUAUAUCUGGUUAUGGUAGUGUUAGUCCUAAAGACUUCACUACACCAGAAGGACUGUUAGUACGAGUUUAUCCUGGCAGUAUCCUUCGUCUUGACGUGGACUGUAUUGUAAACGCUGCCAAUGGUGAUUUACAACAUGGAGGGGGAGUGGCCUAUGUGAUAUCUAAUGCGGCUGGUUACGACUUUGAGCGGGAGGGUAGGGACUACAUAGCCAGGUAUGGACCCCUGAGAGUUGGAGAGGUGUGUACUACCACUGCUGGUAACCUGAAGUACAAGGGUGUUAUCCACAGUGUAGGUCCAAGGUGGUACGACUAUGGUCAGGACCAGAAGCAGAUAUGUCUGGAAGAUUUAAAGACUGCUGUCAAGAACAGUUUGGAGGAGGCAGACUUCCAACAAUACAAGUCUAUAGCUAUACCUGCCAUCAGUUCAGGUAUAUUUUCGGUUCCAAAGGAACACUGUACCCAACAGUACUACCGAGCAGUAGAGGAGUACAGUAAAUCAAGACGGAGUCGCUCGACCUUGACCGAGGUACACUUCAUUGACAAGGACACACAGAUGUGUGAUCUGAUACAGACGACCUUCACCAAAUGUUUUGCUGGAAAUGCUGGGUCAAGUAGCUAUGGAGCUGGCACUGGAGGUGGAAGCAAUUUCUCAUCGUCUGUUAUGUCUCUGAGGAAAACUACCCCAGUUUUACAAAGGUUCAGAAGUGUAUCUGCAGAUGGAGAUGGAUCAUCUGUAGACCCAGCGAGUCCAUCCUGUAUAGAUAAACAUAUGAACUUUCAACGUUCAACAUCCAGUGGCCUACGUUUUAAGUAUCAGAUAGGGAAUAAUUGGAUUGCACACAUUGUCCAUGGAAAUAUUGUGGAGAUUGAGGCUGACGCCAUUGUCAGUCCCGAGAAUGUCCAGUGUGACAGUACAGGAAGUAUUGCCAGGGAAAUCGCUCGAGUAGCUGGACAAGAUAUAGAUAAAGACCAGUCAGAGCUAAAACUUAUUCGCAGAAAACCAAAGCUAACUGAGGUACUUGAGACUUUAGCGGGUCGAUCUCACUUUAAGUAUGUGUUACAUGUGGUUGCACCUAAAUGGGAUGUCACUGCCGUCGCAGACCAGAGUAGUUACUGGAUGAACCUUGAAAAAUCUUACAAAAACAUCUUCUCAAAUAUUGAUGAGAAACAUCUGGAUAUUACAUCUUUAGCAUUACCAAUUCUUGGAACUGGUGCUGUUGAAAAAAAUGCUACUCCAAUUAACAGUAUCUGCAGAUUGAUAGCCAACGUUUGUAAAAAGUAUGCAGCGAAGACUCCAUCAAGGAAAACACUGUGUUUCUGCAAUGAUGAAACUGUAGCUGUACUUGCAUUGAGGUAUGCUUUUGAAAGAGUCUUCAACAAAAGCAGUGAUGGAUCAGAGGAUGUUAAGAAGGGUCACACUGCCCCUGACAUGACUGGACGUACCCGAGGGGCAGGUUCGGAGGUCACAGAGAACUGCUGUAUCUGUAUUGACACUAUGACUGAUGAGCCUAAGAAGCUGUCGUGUGGUCACAUGUUCUGUAGAGAGUGUAUAGACCAGCAGUUUAAGUACAAACCAGCCUGUCCCCAGUGUGGAGCUGUUCAUGGGAAGAUCACAGGGGACCAGCCACCGGGGACGAUGACCAUGACUACCACCAAGUCGUCUAGGCGAGGUGGCUCCCUGCCUGGCCAUGAAGGAUAUGGUAUCAUCAACAUCAGCUAUCACUUCCCUCCAGGGAAACAAGGCCCAGAUCAUCCUACACCAGGUAAAUACUACCAGGGUAUCACCAGACCUGGGUUUCUUCCUGACAACAAGAAAGGUCGUCUUGUGGCCAGAUUGUUAAAAAUAGCCUUUGACCGGAAGUUGGUGUUCACCAUUGGAAGCUCAAGGACAACUGGGAAUGAUGGGGUUGUGACCUGGAAUGACAUUCACCACAAAACAAGUAUUGACGGGGGCCCAGAAGCGUAUGGAUACCCGGACCCAAGCUACCUAGAUAUGGUGUUGUAUGAUUUGAAAACCAAAGGAAUCACAAAAAAGUCCCUCGAUGAACAAUGAGUAUGGAGCUUGUGGAAAAUAUUUAAUUGUCUCCCAAAGCACAAGUGUAAAUAUUGGUUCAUUCUACCAUACAAUUGAAAUAUUUAUUAACAGGAAAACCAUUAAAUCAACACAAAUCAUAUAUUUUUACAUCAGAAAACUGCCAGAAGUAGCAAUAUUUGAUGCCAGGUUCUAGCGAUGUCAAAUUUGACCACAAGGCAUGCGCAGAGCACCUUUUUGAAUGGGUUAUACUCAACGCAAUUCUGCCAUUUGCUGCUAUCACUGAUAUAUGGUAAUAUUAACAAACAAAAAUAAUAUCAGUUGUGUAGUGUUUUGUAAAUACGAGAUUGAAUAUGUUGCAAAACAACCACUUAUUCUAUUGACAAUGAAGGUGGUCAUCUGCACUUCAAACUGAAAAUCUACGCAGUGAAUAUAAAGUACUGCUCUGAUUGGACAAAACAAAAAGUAUGUGAAGAUAUAGUAUUUCAUGUAUAUUUUCACUGCAGUGAAGAUAUAAGUUUUUAUCAGAUUGAUAAUUCCUGGUAUUUCAUUGAUAAAAAUAUAAUGAAAGGAUUUUUCUGUAGUUAUUGGGUCAGGUACGUACCCAAUGUAAAAAUAGAUCCCAUUGAUUGGUUAAUCAUGAAACAGCUAUAUCUUGUUAACACCUUUAUUCACUAAGUUAAUCUUUGAAUAUAACAUGAGCAUGCACUAGACAAAACUAUUUAGCACAUAGUGUUGUCAAGAAAAAUGACAACUUACAUUUUUUCAGCAGGGGUAAAAGUUUAACUUGAACAUUGUCUUGAACAAACUUCUUCUUCAGUUCUGCCAGUCCAGUAUGAACCAAAAAGGUGCAAAUAUUCUCUAGGUGAUCCUUUUGAACUGUUGAUGAUUUUCAAUGGCAUCAAAAUUCCAAAAUGGCCACCAUGAGCUCUGAUUGGAAAUGAUAUAGAGUAGGGCCACAGAAACCUUACCCUCAAAAACUUUUUUUCAAAAUAUAUGUCAACUUCAAGUUUAAUUAUAUAAAUAGGCUAAAAUAUUGGCAACAAACAGUGAAAAGCCUGUCAAAUUGUCUUUAACAAUUUCAAGCUAUCACAUAUUAUUUUAUAUUAAUGCACUGUAAAAAAGUCUGCAUAAUUUUAUAAUUUAUUACUUAUUUUAGUUGUUUUCACUUUUAUUUUAUUAUUAUUUUAGCAUUAUUACUUUAUGCUCAACAAUGUGAGAUUCGGCCAGUGACCACUUGCUCCCUGGACAAAAAGUGAAAUCUUUUCAUAGACUUUACCCCACAUUUGAGAUAUGGAAUGAGGGAGAGAUCCUUUAGUUGAGGUUUCAGAGGUUGACAUCUAUGAUUGAAGGAAUUCACGGACAUCCUUGUAUCAUUCAAGGUUGUAAAAUAUUGACUACAAUAGAUACUUGUCUGGUGUAUGUGGCUAUUAAAUAAAUUAUAAUUCAAAAGAGCUCAUAUUUAUAUAGUUGGCUUGAUUUCCAGAGUUUGCGGCAUAUAUUUUUUUUAUCAAUUAGUUGCAAGUCGGUGGACAAUACUGUAUUUACUUAAGGUUAUAUUGUACAUUUGUGAUAUGUGUCAUUAUCAUAUUCUGUGCAUUUUAUAUUUGUGACAUAAUAGAGUUAUCUCCCAUACAUAUAGUACCUGUGAUUUUUGUCGCUGUGCUUUUGUAAUUUGUGAAAGAGUUAAAGUUAUAUGCUACCUUAUACAUUAUACCUGUGAUUUAUGUUAAAGUUCAGUUUAUAUGGUACAAUACAUAAUACACCUAUGAUUUGUAUUAAAGCGAAGGUUAUGUGCUACAUUAAACAUUACCGGUUUUCAUGUAAUUAAUGUUCAAGUUAAGGUAAUAUGCUACCUUAUACACUAAUUGCCCUGGUGUGAGGGAUACCUGAAAAGUUGUUUCCCCGAGAUAAAUCAUGUUUCCCGAGAGCGAAGCCCAAGGGAAACAUGAUUUGUCGAGGGGGAACAACUCUUCAGGUCUCCCUCACACCAGGGCAAUAACUGUUUUAUUAUUACGAAAUUCCAUCUGUGGAGUCUGUAUUAUGCAACACAUAUAACAAAAAUAAAUCAACAUUAGGCAAUGUAACGAGCCCCUGUGUUCUCACUGUUGUGACUGACUGUUCGCCCUUAUUUCCUACAUUAAACAUUAAACAUGUAAUUUAUGUUAAAGCUAAGGUUAUAUGCUACCUUAUACAUUAUACUUGUGAUUUGUAUUAAAGCUAAGGUUAUGUGCUACAUUAAACAUGUAAUUGAUGUUAAAGUUAAGGUAACAUGCUACCUUAUUCAUUAUACCUGUGAUUUGUAUUAAAGCUAAGGUUAUGUGCUUUAAACAUUAAACAUUAUCCAUGUAAUUUAUGUUAAAGUUAAGGUAAUAUGCUACCUAAUACAUUAUACCUGUGAUUUAUGUUAAAGUUAACGUUAUAUGCUACCUUAUACAUUAUCCAUGUAAUUUAUGUUAAAGUUAAAGUUAUAUGCUACCUUAUACAUUAUACUUGUGAUUUGUAUUUAGGCUAAGGUUAUGUGCUACAUUAUACAUGUAAUUGAUGUUAAAGUUAAGGUAACAUGCUACCUUAUACAUUAUACCUGUGAUUUGUAUUAAAGCUAAGGUUAUGUGAUUAGACAUUAUCCAUGCAAUUUAUGUUAAAGUUAAGGUAAUAUGCUACCUAAUACAUUACACAUGUAAUUUAUGUUAAAGUUUAGGUUAUAUGGUACCUUAUACAUUACACAUGUAAUUUAUGUUAAAGUUUAGGUAUAUAUGGUACCUUAUACAUUAGACUUGUGAUCAUUACUGUCCAUCAGGUUCCUUGGACAUUACUGGAUACAUGCAUAUUUCUUGGUUGUAUCAAAGUUUAUAUCUUAGCUUCAUUAUGUUACAAUGUAUGUUGUUAAAUCUUUAUCAAGUCAAAAUAUUUACAUCAUGUGAAAAGAUCAAUAAAUUAUGUCAAAACCUCCAUCAUCUACGAAAUCCCAGCGCCAGGGUAUAAUGCUCUCUUGUGAAGUCUGCCUCCAGGAAUAUGUCAUGAACGAAUCAAAGGUUCUGUACACGUACAGGCCACCUUGUGAACUCUUCCCCCAGGAAUAUGUCAUGAACGAAUCAAAGGUUCUGUACACUUACAGGCCACCUUGUGAACUCUUCCCCCAGGAAUAUGUCAUGAAAGAAUCAAAGAUCUGUACACGUACAGGCCACCUUGUGAGCUCUGCCCGCAGGAAUAUGUCAUGACCGAAUCAAAGGCUCUGUACACGUACAGGCCACCUUGGGAGCUCUGCCCCCAGGAAUAUGUCAUGACAGAAUCAAAGAUCUGUACACGUACAGGCCGCCUUGUGAGCUCUGCCCCCAGGAAUAUGUCAUGACAGUACCAAAGAUCUGUACACGUACAGGCCACCUUGUGAGCUCUGCCCCCAGGAAUAUGUCAUGACAGUACCAAAGAUCUGUACACGUACAGGCCACCUUGUGAGCUCUGCCCCCAGGAAUGUGUCAUGACAGAAUUAAAGGUUCUGUACACGUACAGGCCACCUUGUACAUGAUACAAAUAGGCUAGUUUAAUCCUUUGAUGCAUGUUAAAAGAAUUGCAUGGAAGUGUAAUAGUAAUUCACUGGCUUUGAAAUUGGUUGUUGCUCCUCUGUAUUCUUCCAGUGACAGGUACCAGCAUAGUGAUUGGUCAAGUUAAAAAAACAACUGACCAAUCAAAUAAUAUUGACAGAUGGGUCAAGUUAAAAAAACAACGGACCAAUCAAAUAAUAUUGACAGAUGGGUCAAGUUAAAAAAACCCUGACCAAUCAAAUAAUAUUUACUGAUGGGUCAAGUUAAAAAACACCUGACCAAUCAAACAGUUAGCUGCAUGCCUUUAAUUUUGCAAUGACAUAUUCCAGGGGUGCAUAGAGUGAAAGUGAGCGUAACCACUGGAGUAUCAAGGAUGGUAUCAUGUAUGCUUAUACAAAAAGUAGGACAAGACGUUUCUUAUGGAAUGUCAUUGGUUUCCAACUUAAAAAUUAUGAUGUCACGAUCAUGAUAACAUUAACAUGUGCAUUUACAGCCUUUAUGAAUGCCAUCUGUAUUUGGUAGGGUUCUAUGAUGUCAAUGCCAAACAUGCAGUGGUAAAUGUAGAAGAUAAUAAUGUACUUUAUUUUGUUGACCUUCAAUAUUUAUGCAAGUAGAUCAUAUAAUGUAAAUGGAUAAUUGUUUUUAAAUGCUGUAAAAUUUUCUUGUGACUUGCAUGGCAAUCAUAAAAAAGAAAAUCCUAAUAAUCCAUCUGUAAUAUAGAACCCAGACAUUUUCGCACGAUAAAAGCAUCAGCAAAAAUGUAUGAAAGAUAUUUGUCCCAAUUAAAUCAAUAAGAUGCAGAACAGAAGUAAGAUAUGAUUCGACAGAGAAGAUAAUAUCAUAUUAUAGAGAAAAGUUACUUUUUAAGAUGGAAUUAUAUUUGUUUGUGAAUGUAUGAAAAUCAUAAGAAAUAAAUGUAUCAGUUCAAGAAACUUUUACUUGAUGUUGUAAUCUGUGUGUCUGAUCUUAUGCCAUGGUGCGGUGUCCGUCAUCCGUCGACCGUUGUCCGUCUCUCCGGCUUCAACUUUUUACUUGAAACAACUUCUCUUCAGUAACCAAAAGGCCUAGGAUGAUA